GAGGAUGGAUUUCCUGGUUGGAGCCACACCUCACUGAGAGAGAGAGGCAGAGAGACUCUGUCAGAGACGCUGCAGCUGGUUCAUGAUCUCACUUCUACAGCCACACUCUGCCUGCAUGUCUGCUCGUCCCUGAUAUAACUCGCACCUCUGAACUUGACAUUUUGGAUUGUAAAGUUUGAGUCUUCAGCUUUUCUGAGGAGGCAACACUUUUUUUACCGUGAGGAUCUUUCAGCAGAAGAAAUUUGUGGAUAUCCCGUUUUUUUUUUUACCAUCUGAACCACUUGGAGUCCACCUGUAGAGUGUUUUUAGUCUGAGGUGGGGGUUUUUUAUUCCAGGGUUUUACCCUCGGACUGUCUACAUUUGUGUGGCCUUUUGUCUGGAUGCCCCAGGAUUACCCACAGGCUGCGGUUCCAUCUCGGGCCUGCAGGGCGGCAGCAGAGACGAACGGCCAGCCGCUGGACAGGCAGAGUAUCGGCAUGAGUGACUUCUGGCACAAGAUGGGCUGCUGCGUGGUGGCCAAACCCCCUCCGAAGAAGAAGAGGAGGAAGAUCGACCGCAGUAUGAUCGGAGAGCCGACGAACUUCAUCCACCUCACGCAUAUCGGCUCCGGGGAGAUGGGAGACGGCGCGCAGCCGUCAGGGCCUGUUCAGGAGCAGAUGAGGUCUAAAGGCCCCAACAUGAACUGCAGGAACAGCCUGUUAUAGCCGGAUUGUAUUAAAUUGACUCAGACCAGCUGACUGACCUCCUCCGUGCUCUGAACCUCUGAGCCUGUCCUUCAACAUCCAGCUGAUGGCUUUACCCACCCUGCAUUCCUGCUGAAGUGUCAUUGAGCAAAUUCUGCACCCUUGUGACCUUCAUUUCAGAAUAUUUGAGCAAAUGCACAAGAAGAAAAUGUUGUAUUUUUUAUUUUUUUUACUCUUGGUUAGGUCUGAAACUAGAUACCCUAAAAUGAACUAUAGAUAUUGUAUUCCAGGGGGGUUAAAUCUGUCACCCGCCCCAAAAGUUAUCCUGUAUAAUAAAACUGUCCCUACUGGUAUAUAUGUCUAUAUAUAUAUAUAUAUAUAUAUAUAUAUAUAUAUAUAUAUAUAUAUAUAUAUAUAUAUAUAUAUAUAUAUAUAUAUAUAUAUAUAUAUAUAUAUAUAUAUAUAUAUUGGGUAAAAUCCCUCAAAAGACCAAAUUACACAGCAUGUUCAUCUCUGGAAGUUUUCCCCUUCAGUAUUAAAUUAGACAAAGAGCUGGCGCCACUGGGCCCAGCAUCCUUUGCCGGCAGUAUAGAAAACUGAGUUACUGUGUAAUAACAAUCAAAUCAGGAACAUACAAACAACAUUUAACUGCAUUUCUUUGGAUGUCCUCUGAAUUUGGAAGCUUCCCAGAUGGAUCUUGAACUUUAAAUAUGGUUUAUUCUCCUAAGCUCUUGGUAUUCAGCAUCUAUAUUUGUUGUUUCUACUGUUUCCAAGCCGUUCAACUUUAUUGGAUGUCUUGUGGCAUCUUUGGACUUCAUUUCCCAGAAUGCUUCAGUUUGGCCAUUCCCUGCUGCUGGUGCUCAAUGACGACAGACUCUUGUUUCAAGGAAACAGGAAAGUCCCACGAGUCUUCGCUACACUGGACUGGAGUGUGUGUGUGUUGAGGGGGAGGAGUGUGUGUGUGUGUGUUUUUAAAUCUGAACUUUGUGGGGGAACUUCGGCAAUUUUACUUGUGGACAUUUAUGGUAAGUCCUUGGCCUCUCAUUUUAAAUAGCUGGGUAUAAGGUCAUGGGACUGCAUUACAUCAGCAAAGGUCCUAGAAUAGGUAUAAAAUAAGCACAGACAUGUGAAUGUGUGUGCCAAAAUGUUCCCAGUUUAAAUAUAAACAACCCACAUGUCUGCGAGUUCUGUUUUUAUCUUUGUUUUACUCAAAAAUGUUGCCCAGCGCACCCCAGUGUUGGCUUGUGACAUAAAAAUGGUUUUCAGCCAUCACUGUUUGAGAUAUUUCUAGUAUUUUAAUACAUUUCAUGCUGCAUUUGGUAGAGGAUUUAGAGUUUGACUGCUUUAUAUUGUGAGUGCUUGACUUAAAAGAAAAUCUGUUAUUUGUAACUUUAUGCUGUUUUUGGGAUUUACUGUGUUAUAUAUAUAUUGAAUUUAUCCUGCUUGUUUUCUUUGGUAUGUCUCCCCAUCCUGAUUAUUUAGUUUUUUUAAUUUUGAUUUUUGUUGUUGAUUUUAGACAUUUAAGUGUAUGUGUGGAUGGAGUCUAAAGUUCUGUAUUUCAUGUUUUUGAGCAAAGAGUUUAAAACACUUUGAGAUAUUGUGGAGCUGAAAAUAUUUUGAUAUACUUUGAGCUAUAAUAUUUACCUGAGAGAUUUUUUUUUAAAGCAAAGUAUAUAAAAUCUGUUUAGGUUUUUUGCUUUUUGGUUAAUCGGACAGAUUAAAUCUAGCACUUUGUAAGAAAAUGCAGUGUGCAGUGCCAAAUAAAAACUGUACAGUCCCUUUGAAGCAAGUAUUUUUAAGUAAUUCCAAAACGAAAUAAAUUUUCAAUGUAAAUACCUUAUUUUAUUCUUUGAAUUCUGUACUUACAUCAUGGUUCAAAUGUGUUGACAGUUUGUCAUGUAACACAUCAUAAAGAAGAGAAAGAUCAAAACACAUACACCCAUUAAGUAUUUUGUCACCAAUUAUCUCUAUAUUUAACAGGAGUGAAAGCCCAGACUGUUUUGAAAUUUUGAUUUUUUUUUUAUAGCCAUUUAGAGGAAUUUUAGAAAGUAGAGGUUAAAAUCUAAUUUGCUUUCUUUUUGUAAUAACAAAAGUACCAUUAAAUUAAAUUUUUCGAAUGAAAUUACAUUGAAGCUAGCGUUAGCAAUGUUGCACAGCCUGGUGCUACAGUAAAUUGCUUGUCUAAAUAUCUUGUGUGCUACUGCUUUGAAAGUGUUGGAACUGUUCAAAUGCAUACAAAAAUGUUUAGUUGUUUAAUUUUGUAAAGCGAGAUGUAAAUAAAAAAAAAGUAACUUGGCUGAGAUUGAAUCUAUACCUUUAGCAUUAGCAUUGAGGCAAAGCUAACUGCUACAGGAAGUUGGAGAAUGGUUUACAACAGCAUGAACCACUAAUUUAAAAGUUGUUGACUAGCUUACAAAUAUUGUUUUGUGCAUUGAUACAGUAGAGGACAAAAAAUGAAAGAAUAAACCUGUUAAAAAAACAAAUCUUCCAUGAUUACACCAGUUGUCCACAAGCUAGCAUUCGCUCUGCAGCACAGCUAGCUUCUACAAGAAAAUGAAUAUUUUGUGGUUUUACUCUUAAAGCUGUUUUUGAAGUGUUUUGUUGUUUUUAACGACUUGAGCAGAUGGAUAGGGGGUGUUUAAUACAUCUGUCAAUAUAUUGCACUACAGCACAACUAGCUAUUAAAGGAAGUUAGAAAAGUUGUAAUUUGAAAGUCUUCCUAAAACACAAUUCAGCCUAAAGAUUGGUCUUUAACGUCCCUGUUUUCAUAAUACCUUAAAAGUGUGACUCAAAUAUUCCAGAUAAAUGUUAUAUUUAUAAAAUAAAAAAAUGUUGCUCCUCUGGGAAAGAAGAUCUGGACUGAGCUCCCCUAAAAUAAAUUAAUCUAAACCUCCAGCUUAUGUUUAGACUCCAUACCAACAAAUUACUUGGGAAAGUUUUUCCUUCUACCCUCAUUUUAGAUAUGGUUAACCUAUUUUUGGUGAAUAGAUACUUACCACAGGUUGCAGUAUAUUAUCCUUGACUCAAGAAACUUGCUCUAAAUCAAAACGCUGAAACAAUUAAAGAACAUUAUGAUCCCCCCUUCUUAUGUCAAAUUCUUGAAAAAUAUUGAUUGCAUGAGCUGCUAUGUUUGAAGAGUUUUAGUCAGCUUUCAUUAUAGCAAGGAACCGCUGACAGUCAGUAGAUAUUCUCUUACGCCGGCUUACACUGACGAUGGUGCGAUUAUGGUGCGGGCGCCGUGAGGAACCCAAUGUCAUGAAAGUCAAUGUGUACACAGUAGCCGGGGUGCAAUGCGGGUCCAGUUACGGAGGCUGUGCAGUGCUGUAGAAACUUCUGCAAGGUUUUGAUUUUUGCCGGACGCCACAGCGGUCUUGUGUCAAGCUCCAGGGAAUUACAUGAGUCAAACAGGAAGUCAGAUGCCUCGUUGUAACAACUUUGGGUGUAUUUCAAAAUAAAAUACUUCUGCAAACUUG